AUGAAAGGGAGUCCACAGCGGCGGAGAGCAGAAAAAGGUGCGUGUUUGUUGUCCAAACACGAUUUGUUGGCACCGAAGGAGGUUAGUCUGCUUUCACAGUCGUUUGUGCAGCAUUGUGGAGGCAACGCACCUGCACCGCCCGUUUCCAGUGUCACUUCCCAUCCACCAGUUGUUGCAGCUGCCUCCGGACCGUGCUCUGCACUCACCGCUGCACCGACUGCUGCACCAGAAUGGGCACCACUGCCGGCCAGCUUCUUCGACAGCGGGGCGUUGAAUAUGGCUGCAUUCAUGCACUUCCAGUCCGCCCAGAACCCGCAGCCCACACCCCCGCCAGCCAUUCCGACUCCUUCCACACUCCCCUCGCUGCUUGUUGUGCCCUCGAUGCCCAGCCUCUCGCCUCAAACGGUUGUUAUCGGUGAUGAUGUCGGAGGAAGAGGCAGACGAUGGGGCAGAAGCAGAAAAUUCGUGUCCCCGGAAGCAAAGGAAUUCCUCCGUCACCUGGUGGACGACGAAAUCCCGAAAGCACUCCGAAAAUACGUGACAACAACUCUCUUUCCUCGCAUCGGUGUCAAGGCCGGACUGCGGCACUCGAUAUCUCUGUCGACGGCGCGCAAGUGGAUGGCCAAAUUUGGCUGGAAAUAUCAAGAGCAUAAAAAGGCGCUUUAUUACGAUGGACAUGAGCGACCCGACAUUGUCGAUUAUCGCCAGAAAGAGUUCAUUCCGGCAAUGCUGCGACACAAACCACGAUUGGUUGAAUACGUCGUUGGUGAUAUCCACUGUUUGGUCGACAAGGGCACUGCAAGAUGGACGCCAGAACGGGCACUUGUGCUCUGCGCGCAUGAUGAGGUUACGACGCAGGCCCAUGAUGGGAAGGCAAAGAGCUGGGGUCCCGUGGGCGAACAGCCAUUGCGAAAGAAGAGCAAGGGUCGCGGAAUGCAUUACAGCGGGAUAAUCGUGUCAACAUGCGGCGAUUUGCGGGAGGCGGGACAGACGAUGGAGUAUGGAAAGAAUUACGAUGGAUACUGGAACGGGGAGAUGUUUGUGAACCAGCUCAAGGAGAAAAUUAUCCCGGCCUUCGAGAAGGAGCAUGGGCCUGGUUAUCAGGCCCUCUUCAUGAUUGACAACUCACAAGGCCACUCAGCAUACUCCGUGGACGCACUGCUUGCCCAGCGCAUGAACCUCAACUGGGGCAGCAAGCAAGCACGUCUGCACAGUGGAUGCAAAUCAUCCCGACCCAGCGCUUCGAAACCAGCCCAAGGGCAUGCGUGUUGUUCUGCAGGAACGGGGGCUGUGGCGCUCAGGCUUGCUUCGCGAGUGCAAAACACCUUGCGGAUCAUCUGA